AUGCCGCAAAGUCUUCGCUUCGUCACCCUGGACGUCUUCACCACCGAGCCGUUUCUAGGCAAUCCACUCGGCGUAGUAUUUCUCCCCAACUCGCCCGAACAUGCCAUCACGCAAGCGCAAAAGCAACUCAUAGCCCGGGAAUUCAACUACCCGGAGACGAUCUUCGUGCACCCGCACUCGCCGUCCGACACUACCAGAAAGAUCGACAUCUUCACCACAGCCGAAGAGCUCCCCUUCGCGGGCCACCCCACCAUCGGCGCCGUAACAUGGUUCCUGGAGCUCUCGCCCGACUCCGCCGACCGCACGAACGUGGACACCCUCAUCACGAAAGCGGGUCCGUUCGCCAUGGCCCGCGUCCCGAACGCGGGCGGCGCUGUGGCCGCCAGAAUCGCGCAUAACGUGCACAUCCACUCGCGCCGGUUCCCGCUGGUGGAGCUGCUGCGGCUUCAUCCUUCGCUGGGGGAGUAUCUUGGUGGCGGCCAUGACGGAGCGAACGAAGAGGGCUUCCCUGUCUUCUCGAUCGUGAAGGGCAUGACUCAGGUGCAUGUCCAGUUGCCCAGUUUGGAGGCGUUGGCUGCCGCGGAAGGGCCUGUGAGUGGCGAGGUUGUUCCUUGUAAUUCUGUUUCAGCCGGUGGGUAUCUGGAUGCCGGGUGGGAGGGAGACGGGCUGAUUGUAGUCUAUUUCUUUGUCCCGGGUGUUUAUGAUGAGAAGACGGGGAAGACGGUUAUUCGGUCGCGCAUGUUCUUGAGGAACUUUGAGGAUCCGGCCACGGGGAGUGCGGCCAGUGGACUGGCGGCGUAUUUGACCCUGACUAGGGCGAGGGAGUCGAGCGACAUCGCGUUUGAUUAUGAUAUUGUGCAGGGGGUCGAAAUGGGGAGGAGGAGUGAUAUUGGGGUUGCUGUUACGGUGGAUCGGGAGGAUAGAGCCAAGGUAGAGAGCGUGGAGCUUCGCGGCACUGCGGUCCAGGUUACGUCGGGUGAGAUUAGGGUUUGA